GCGGGCGGUGACUGCAUAGGGAGUACGGUGUACAGCAAGCACUGGCUCUUCGGCGUCCUGAGCGGGCUCAUCCAGAUGGUUAGCCCCGAAAACUCCAAAUCCAGCUCGGAUGAUGAAGAGCAGCAGAUGGAGCUUGAGGAAGAAAUGGAGAAUGAAAUUUGCAGAGUAUGGGAUAUGUCGAUGGAUGAGGAUGUGGCUUUAUUUCUCCAAGAAUUUAAAGCUCCCGACAUAUUUAUGGGAGUACUGGCCAAAUCCAAGUGUCCUCGAUUAAGAGAAAUCUGUGUGGGAAUCUUAGGUAAUAUGGCAUGUUUCCAGGAGAUAUGUGUGUCCAUCAGCAGCGAUAAAAAUCUUGGGCAGGUGUUGCUGCACUGUUUGUAUGAUUCAGACCCGCCUACUCUGUUGGAGACAAGCAGGUUGUUGCUUACUUGCCUUUCCCAUUCAGAAGUAGCCAGUGUCUGGGUUGAAAGGAUCCGAGAGUAUCCAGCUAUUUAUGAUAGUAUUUGCUUCAUUAUGUCAAGUUCAACAAAUGUUGACUUGUUGGUGAAGGUAGGGGAGGUUGUAGAUAAGCUUUUUGAUUUGGAUGAAAAAUUAAUGUUGGAAUGGAUCAGAAAUGGGGCUUCUCAGCCGCCGGACCAGCCCCAGGAUGAUUCUGAAGAGCAGCCAGUGUUCAGGAUUGUGCCCUGUGUACUUGAAGCCGCCAAACAAGUACGUUCUGAAAAUCUAGAAGGCCUUGAUGUUUACAUGCAUAUCUUACAGCUGCUUACCACAGUAGAUGAUGGAAUUCAAGCGAUUGUACAGUCUCCUGACACUGGAAAAGACACUUGGAAUUUACUUUUUGACCUGGUCUGCCAUGAAUUCUGCCAGUCUGAUGAUCCCCCCAUCAUACUUCAAGAACAGAAAACAGUGCUAGCCUCUGUUUUUUCAGUGUUGUUGGCCAUCUAUGCUUCACGGGCUGAGCAGGAAUAUCUAAAGACAGAAAAAGUGGAUCUUCCUCUGAUUGACAGUUUGAUUCGGGUCUUACAAAAUAUGGAUCAUUGUCAGAAGAAACUGGAGAACUCAGGAGAGCCUAACACAGAAGGAACUGAAAAGUCUGAUUUGACACAAGAUGAUUUUCACUUGAAAAUCUUAAAGGAUAUUUCAUGUGAAUUUCUUUCCAAUAUCUUCCAGGCAUUAACAAAGGAAACCGUGGCUCAAGGACUAAAAGAGGGCCAGUUAAGCAAACAGAAAUGUUCCUCUGCAUUCCAAAAUCUUCUUCCUUUCUACAGCCCUGUGGUGGAAGACUUCGUUAAAAUCCUACGGGAAGUUGAUAAAGCUUUUGCUGGUGACCUGGAGGAUCAUUUCCCAAGUCUGAAGGUUCAGACUUAAAAACUGAAUUGGAAUUUCUUCUGCAUAAGAAAUAAACUUUAUUUUCCUCACUGACAAUUGACAUUGACAUAUGGGAAAUAUUAGAUGAAGCCCAUGGUAGACAGAAUUGUUGGGUGUUACACUCAUUCCCCGCUUCCUUUCCCAGCUUUAUCUUACUUUAUUUGGCAUUAGUAUUUGGAAUUUCAUCCCUUUUUAUGUUAGUUAUGUGGUAUCAUAAUCUUCUGUUGAAGCAAACAAAAAUGUAGUCUUUUCAUUGAGGUUCUUUUUAGGAUAUUUGAAGAAUUGGUUAAAGAUGUUCUUUUACUUGAGAAUUUUGUCUUUUUAUUUAUUACAUAUGCAUUUGGCUGCAGUAAGAGCAAACCCUCCUGUAGUAGCUUAAUCUGAUAUCUUUUAUUUAUCUUAUAUAUAGUCAGCCCAGAGGUGGGCGGUCCAUACCUGAUACUGUAGUUCAGAGACCUGACUCCUUUCACCUUUCCACGUGGUCUCCAUGGAAUCUUCUGUGUUUGUGUUAAUUGUCUUAUGGUCCAGGGGGCUGUUCCACCUCUGGCUAUUUCAUCCACAUUUGGGGAGGAAAAGGAGAAAGAGGCAAAGGGUGCCUCCUAGUACAUCUUUGCCUUUUUAUUUGGAGAGAACAGCCCUUCCUGGCCAGACCCUUGUUGCACGGCCAUCCUUAGCUGCACAUAUUUGAAGUCUCGUCCUUUUAUUUUUCCUGUCUAGCUUCUAUAGGAAGGGAAGGCAAGAGAAAAGGGAGAUGUGGAUUGCUUUGGCUAAUGAAUCCAUGGUGUUUGCCACAAUCUGGCAAAUUUGUAUGAGCCAUUUUGUGAGUAUAAAUUGU